AUGGAAAACGAGAUUGUCUUCUGUCAGACACACAUAGACUUCUAUAUGGAUGACUCGGGCUUAAGCUACUCCUGUCCUGUGUUCUCCAUAUUUGGAAACACAAAGUCCGGAAGGCCUGUUCGAGUGCUCGCCAGGAACUUCUUCCCCUACUUCUAUGUGGAGCCUUCAAAUGGCAAGGAGUACAAGGAAGAGGACAUAAAGGAAUCUGUUCAGAGACUCGAUGUCAAGGCAACGAUAUUGGAGGUUGAGGCCGUUAUGAAGCAAUCCAUACUGGGAUACACAGAGGGAAAGACAAGGGUCUACAGGCUGACUCUCAACACACCCCAUGUUUCUACAGCCUUGAAGGUAUUGCUCGAGAGCGGGAUAUCUGUUAAGGGCGAGAAGGUUAGGUUCCGGGUAUACGAGAGCAACUUUCCUUUUGUGCUGAGAUUCAUGUGUGAUCUUGGGAUUGUCGGGAUGAGCUAUCUUAGGGUAAACAGGUAUGAGAUUCUGGAUGCAGACCAUCUGACGGUAAGUGCAUCCUACGAAUCCCUGGAAUCCCUGCCUCUUGAAGGAGGUUAUGUCGUCCUUCCUCCUCUUAAGGUGUUGAGCAUAGACAUUGAGUGUGUGAGUGCAGGAAACGGUUUCCCGUCCUCGAAGUGCGAUCCCAUAAUACAAAUAGGAAAUACGCUGAUGCUGUUUGGAGAUAACAGCUAUGCAUCCCAGGAUAUCUUUUGCCUGAAGGAAACCACUGGGAUUCCUGGUGUCAACGUCCAUUGGUAUGAGACGGAAAAGGAGCUCCUGGAGAGUUGGAAAAAGUACUUCAUGGAGCUUGAUCCUGACGUCAUUGUGGGAUACAACGUGAAGGGAUUCGACAUUCCGUAUAUUCUUAGCAGGGGAGAGAUUCUUGGAAUUGAGAGCUUUUCUGUUCUUGGAAGGUCAAGAAAGAAGGCGAGGACGAGGGAUACGACGAUGUCCAGCAACAUGUUUGGAUCCAUAACGACCACAGAGGUGGAGAUUGACGGACGGCUGAUCAUAGACAUGAUGGUUGUGAUACGGAGGGACUUCAAGCUUCGGAGCUAUUCACUAAACUCUGUUAGUAUCCACUUUCUCAAAGAGCAGAAAGAAGAUGUUCCAUACUCCUCUAUUGGAGAGCUCCAGUCGAAGAACAAGGACACCCGGAGGAGGAUAGCCUCGUAUUGUCUGAGGGACACCGUCCUGCCCCUCCGGCUGUUCAACACCUUGAAUGUGCUAAUCAACUACACAGAACUGUCGAGGGUCACGGGCACUCCUAUUGAGUACUUUUUUACAAGAGGAAUGGCCAUCAAGAUAUUUACACUUGUGUAUAGAGCAGCAAGCAAAGAGGACUUUAUGAUUCCUGACAUCGAUCCCUUCGAGUCGAACAAGACGUUUGAGGGGGGGUUUGUGAUAGAGCCCAGAAAGGGAUUCUACAACAAGCCGGUGUCCGUGAUGGACUUCAGCUCUCUGUAUCCUUCGAUAAUGAUUAGCCACAAUCUCUGCUACACCACACUGCUUACAAAGGAGCAAUACAGGAUCCUGGGAGGAACAAAAACGCCAACGGGCAACUACUUCUGCAGUGCCGAGAGAAAGAAAGGACUCCUCCCAAGAAUUCUGACUGACCUGCUAACUUCGAGGAAGAGGAUAAAGGAGGAGCUUGAGAGAGAGAAAGACUCAGCACUGAGGGCGUGUCUCAACGGAAGACAGUUGGCUUUCAAGCUUUGUGCAAAUUCGCUGUAUGGAUUCACAGGGGCAUCCAGGGGGAAGCUUCCCUGCUUUGAGAUAUCGCAGAGUGUUACUGGGUUUGGAAGAGAGAUGAUAAUAUUGACGAAGAAGUUGAUUGAGGAGAACUUUUCCCGGAAAAAUGGAUAUACCCAUGACUCUGUUGUGAUCUAUGGCGACACAGACUCUGUUAUGGUUGACUUCGACGAGCAAGACAUAGAAAAGGUUUUCAAGAUGAGCAAGGAGAUAUCCGAGUUCAUAACCAGUAAGUUUGUGAAGCCUGUGUCCCUGGAGUUUGAGAAGGUUUACUAUCCAUACCUGCUCAUCAACAAAAAGAGAUAUGCUGGGCUUCUCUACUCGAAUCCUGAGAAUCCAAGCAAGAUAGACACAAGAGGGAUUGAGACGGUGAGGAGGGAUAACUGUAGACUGGUCAAGGAAGUUGUUGAGACUGUGUUGGAAAUGAUUCUCUACCAAAAGAAUGUUGAGAAGGCUAAGCAGUUUGUCAAGGAUGCUGUAAGGGACCUGUACCUGGGAAGGACUGAUCUGAGUCUCCUGGUGAUUUCCAAGUCGCUGACGAAGGCAGGAGAUAAGUAUGAGAGUAAGCAAGCGCACGUACAACUAGCCGAGAAGCUUAGGAAGAGGGACGAGAGUACGGCGCCUGUACUCGGAGACAGGGUUCCAUAUGUGAUAGUAAGGAAGGAGAAGGGUGCUGCCGCACACGAGAAGAGCGAGGAUCCUGUGUAUGUGUUGGAAAACAAUCUUCCCAUAGAUACGGAGUACUAUAUUUCGCAGCAAAUCUCAAAGCCGCUGAGCAGGAUAUUCGAGCCAAUCAUGGACAAUGUCCAGGAGCUGUUCAGAGGAGAUCACACCCGGAUUGCGGCGUCAACAGGUCUAAAGGGGCCGAUGAACACGUUUCUGAAGCCUACAGAUACCUGUGUUGGGUGCAGAGCAGAAGGAAGGAUCAUAUGCAUCAAUUGUGUGAAGGAUUUCCAUGUCCAUCUACAGAAGAUGCAGCGGGAGGUAGAAGACAAGAAAGAAAAGCUCAAUAGCUGCUGGGUAGAGUGUCAAAGAUGCCAGGGGAGCAUCCAUAACCAAGUUCUGUGUGUCAACAGAGACUGCCCAAUCUUCUACAUGAGAACAAAAGUGAAGAAGGAGCUUGUCCCCCUUAAUGACAGGCUUAGAAAACUGAGGUCCUUUGAUUGGUGA